AACUUGUUUUUGUUAGUGAGCAUGAUGAUUGAAUAAGUAGGCACUGUAUUUACUGUACAGACAUUUAUAGUGUUAUUCUAUAAUUAUUUUAUAGCCGCAAUUUUUUUUUCAAUGUCAAUGUGACACUUAAUACAGCAACAAGGCAGCAUAGUUAGAGAGAUAGUCAACGAAGCGGAACGAGGCCCAACGGCGCCACUGUUUAAAAACUACGGCGCGUCGUGCCGUAUUGUGUUGUUGAGUAGUUACGUUUUUCUACACCUUUUUUUCGCCGUUAAAUCAGUAUAAACCCCAUUUUGGGUUAGUUAUGGGUGUGCACGAUCUGUGGUCUAUCGUGGAGACGGUUCGUGAGUCGGUGCCGCUGUACAGUUUGAGCGGAAAGACGCUGGCAGUCGACCUGAGCUUAUGGGUGUGCGAGGCUCAGCAUGUCCAAGCAAUGAUGGGGAGAGUUACCAAGCCCCACCUGAGGAAUUUAUUUUUCAGGGUCUCCUCCCUCACACUUAUGGGGGUAAAGCUCGUCUUUGUCAUGGAAGGAGAAGCCCCUAAGCUUAAAGCAGAGACCAUGAGCAAGAGGACAGAAACAAGAUUUGGAGGAUUCAAAAAGGCUUCUGCCCCCAGGUCUACAACAAACACCAGCAGAGGGCGCUUCAGAGCUGUACUCAGAGAGUGCGCAGAGAUGCUGGACUACCUGGGUGUGCCAUGGGUGACCGCGGCUGGGGAGGCUGAGGCCAUGUGCGCUUACUUGGAUUCACAGGGCCUGGUGGAUGGCUGCAUCACCAAUGAUGGAGAUGCAUUCCUGUAUGGAGCCAGAACUGUCUACAGGAACUUCAAUAUGAAUAGUAAAGACCCUCAGGUGGACUGUUAUAGGACCUCUCGAGUGCAAACAGAGUUACAUCUGUCCAGAGAGAACCUUGUUGGUCUGGCCAUCCUCCUUGGCUGUGAUUAUAUUCCUAAGGGUGUACCAGGUGUUGGUAAAGAGCAAGCUCUUAAACUUAUCAAGACACUGAGAGGACAAACACUUCUGCAGAGGUUCAUCCAGUGGAAGGAGGAUAAUGCAGGUGUAUCUGAGGGGGUCGUAAAAAAAGUUCCUCACUGCCACGUAUGUCGACAUCCUGGAUCAGCGAAGGGACAUGAGCGUGGCGGCUGUGUGCUUUGCGGCAGUGAACGUUUCUGUCAACCUCAGGAUUUUGAUUACCAGUGCCCCUGUGACUGGCACCACUAUGAACAGACCCGCCAGGCUUUGUCUUUUGAGGCAAAUAUCAGGAAGAAAACACUGGCAAGUCAACAUUUCCCUUUCACAGAGAUCAUCAGUGAGUUUCUGAUUUCCAAAGAUAAGCCUGUGUCACAUUUCAGGAGGAGACAGCCAAAUAUGCUGUUGAUGCAGAAAUUUGCCUAUGACAAGAUGGAGUGGCCGAAGCACUACACCAGUGAAAAGGUUUUAGUCUUGAUGACCUACGCAGAGUUGAUGAACAGGAAACAUGGAAGAGAAAUGUCCUCCCAAAUCAAGCCCCUAAGAAUAUCGAAACCAAGAGUGAGAAAUGCCGUCGCUUGCUUCGAAGUCAUCUGGAGCACACCAGAACAUUACGUGUUUCCUGAGGAUCGGCCUGCAGAGGGUCAACAUGAGGUGAGGACAGUAGAGGAAGAGUGUCUCUUCCGUGUGGCCUUCCCAGAGAUGGUGGAGAGCUACCUGAGAGACAAGGCUCUGGCUGAAGAAAACAAGACCAAAAAAAAGAAACCAAAGAGUAAAAAGGAGAAGCAAUCUGAUGUCUCUGAUGGCAUUUCGGACCUCUUGGCUCAGAUGAGCCUUCAGAGCUUCUCUUCAGCGAAUGCUAACAUUCGACUACAAACGCUGCUCCCUACCAUUUCAAACACAGAAAAACCAGAAGUGGUGAAUUUGGACACUCCAGUGAACGAUAAACAGCAUAGUAACUCAAAAGAAGACCACAGCGGUCUGGUUAACUGCCCCAACACUCCUCUGUCUCCUGACUCAGAGGCUGUUGCUUCACCAUCUGUCUCUGCUGUUGUUGAUGCUCUACACCUGAGUGAUAUUGACUGGGAUGCUCUGUCCUUCACUUCCUCUCCACCUCCACAAGCCACUACGAACCACACCACCGAGCCCAGGCUGAAUAUAUCCACAGACCGAGAUGUCAAGGAAACAGAGGGCAAAAACGCCAAGCAGAAAGCCUCAAGAGAUGUCAAACAAGCAGACUCCAGAUCUGCUCCAGAGCUGUGUUACACCGAGUGUCCGCUACGGGACAGGGUGCUCAUGAGGAAUACAGCCAAAGCUGUAAACCAGAGGGAGGUACACAAUGAUGUGGUCUCAAAACAAUUAAAUUAUGGGUUAGCCUCUCUCGAACACAUUUCUCCUCACAGCUCCAACUUAAAACCAAAUGGACAAAUAACCAGUAAAGGUGGCAGUGACAGUACAUUGACAGGGAAGGAAUCUGAUGUUAACAAAAAAGGACCACUCAGUGUUAAAAGCCAGUGUGUAAAGAAUAAGGCAGCAACAGAAACUCACACUUCGAAACGACCAUUAAUUCCUGGAGUACAGAAUCAGUGUAAGGAAAAGGACGAAUGUAAUGGUUCCCAGAAGCCUCCUCAGAAAUAUAAAUUUGUCAGGACAGCCAUUUCAUUAUCUGCUGCCCCAUCACAGAGGUGCCACUCUGACCCAGGUCAAAGUGACAGGGACAGGAACAUGCCACAGACCACCAAGAAGAGUGUGUGUUACAGCUUGUGUUCAUCCAGCGAGGACAGUGACGCAGAGAACCAGCAGUUUGGAGCUCAAACAAAGGCUAAGAUAAAGCCCAUGAAAAAGAUCAAGGACAGCGUCAUUACAGACUUCCCCCUGAAACCAGUUUCUGGGCCUAAAACAACCAAACAAACAAUAAAAACGACUCAUUGCCCCCAGCCAUUACGACCAAAGUCUCAGGGACACGGUACAGAUGUUGAGAUAAAAAGAACACCUGUAUCAAACAAAAGCAAAUACCAGGAUGUCCCGCCAGCUAAUGUGGACGACGAUGUGCUCUCUCAGACUCCAGCUUCACCUGUCGCUGUCUUAGAUAGUGAUGAUUCAGUGAUUUGCAGUGAGAGUCCACUGCCACUGGCUGAGAGACUGAGACUGAAAUUCCUGAAGUGAGCAGCACAGUUACAAGAUGAUUGAGAAGAACAUUUAAGUUAAUGGAAACCGUAGUUUGACAAAAAAAAAAAUCUUAACUCAAGGUCCAUUUACUAGCUUUUUAAAGUAGAGUUGCAGCAAGUAGCCGAUUAGUCAAUUGACAGAAAGUGCAUCAGCAACUUUUUUUGAUAAUCCAAUAAUGGUUUGAGUAAUUUUUCAAGCAAAUAUGUCAAACUUUUGAUGGUUACAGCCUCUCAAAUAUUAGAAUUUGCUGCUUUUUCCUGUCUUAACAUAAUAAAUUGAAUAUAUUUGGGAUUUGGACUGUUGAUAAGACAAAACAAGACACUUUAGGGAAUUGUAUUGGGCAAUUUUUCACUGUUUUGUGUUUUAUAUACUAAACAAUUAAUCAAAAAGAAAAAGUCUAAGCUUUGCCACAACCUGUUAUUGUGAUCCUAAAUGGAACUUUUUUUCUGUAAAACAGGGGGAAAGAGACAGUUUCAAGUAUUAAAUAUCAAUUAUUAGUGAGAUGUGGUUUGAAAGCUCCAGGAAAAAAUCUACUAAUUGCACCUAGUGUCAGUUAUUUUUUUAUGUUUCUUUAGAUAGGUUUAUUUGUAUGUAUGUGUUUGUAUAUGUAUAUGUUUACGUG